UCACGCUGAGGCGCAGAAUAUGUCCGUCCUAUUUAUCAAACCAUUUGGUACGUUACGGACUUCCAUGUCUGAACUUAUCAACGAUUUGCCGUGGAGAACAUGCAACUAGUCCGUGUUCACAACUGUCAACUGAAGUAGAUCACUAUAUAAAGUCGAGCCUGCAGCUCUCUAACCACGCAAAAACAAACCAGUAAGCAGCAAAUAAGAAAAAGAGGGUUACAGUUCAAGUGUGUUCAGUAGCUAAGAUGGCUACCGCAAGAGCUCUAGCCACCAUGGCGAUCUUCCUGCUGAUGGCGCUCUCCACCUCCCACCUCGCGUCCUCGCUCCGCCCGGGCCUCGGCGUCUGCCGUGCAAGUGGCUAUCUUCCAGGAAAGUCGGGCAACUGCGAGAAGAGCAACGACCCGGACUGCUGUGAGGAUGGCAAGAGAUACCCGCAAUACCACUGCUCGCCCCCGGUCACCGCGACCACCAAGGCCGUCUUGACGCUCAACAGCUUCGAGAAGGGCAAGGACGGCGGCGGCCCAUCGGAGUGUGACAACUCCUACCAUAGCGACGAGGAGAUGGUCGUCGCGCUCUCCACCGGCUGGUUCAAGAACAUGGCCCGUUGCGGGCACCGUAUCAAGAUCAGUGCCAAUGGAAACUCCGUGUACGCCAAGGUGGUGGACGAGUGCGACUCCGUGUAUGGCUGCGACGAGGACCACAACUACGAGCCACCCUGUGCCAACAACAUUGUCGACGCGUCUCCGGCGGUGUGGAACGCGUUGGGGCUCGACCAGAACGUCGGCAUGGAGGGCAUCACCUGGUCUGACCAGUGAGCACCUUUGGUUUUUCUAAACGAAGGUGAGCGCAGGUUGCUGGCUGUGCUCGUACCACUUUGUCGGUCACAGUGUCAUGUAUAUAACUUUCGUUGUCAGUUACACAGAUCC